GACGUCACUUUCCCUCGACACGCGAAGGAGGAAGACCUUUUCGCCGGGUGUUUCUGUUGUGCACAGCGUGUACACUCGUCCUCCCCCCAAGAAAUAUGUACUACAAAUUCAGCGGUAUCACGCAAAAGCUGGCGGGUUCAUCUCCGUCGACGGCUUACGCCCCACAGGGUUUGAAGCCAGUCAUUCCGGCCGAAUCAUCCUCAAUGAUCUUUGCCACACCUACCAAAGUGGUGUCAGAAGCGAAGCCUGUUGUGGAGUACUUGGGGACCAAUAAGGUGCCUGACCUCCAGAGGAUAUUCCAGAAACCUGAUGGCAUCCCCAUUCACCUGAAGCGCGGCUACCCCGACCGGCUGCUUUACCGCACCACCAUGGCCCUGACCAUAGGGGGCGCGCUCUACUGCCUGGUGGCCCUCUACAUGGCAGCCCAGCCUAGAAACAAGUGACCAACGCCAACAGAUCAGAUUCUCACUUGACACUUUUUUGCCAAUGUUCUCCACCAAGUUGCUUCAGAAUACUCAAGAGUUUCCAAACAAAACCACUUGGUGGAAGCAAGGCUUUUUUUUUGACAUGUCGCCAAUUUGUAUGUGAACUCAACAAUGAGCCUCUGUGAUACCACUUGGAAAUGUAAAAAAAAAAAAAAGUUUAUCCCACACAAUAGAAGACAAUAUCCAGUUUAUUAUAGUUUGUAUGAAAAAAAUAUUUAAUUGAAUAAAUUUUCGGGGAAAACAAA